ACUAGUAGUCAGACAGCUCCUGCCUCACACAGCACAAGUCUGCAGACCCCCAGACACUGCACCAUGGCUCCAUGCAGUGCGAGGACCCUGGAUCAUCAGGCUGGUGGCCAACUCAGAAAGCUGAGGAAACCGGUGAUCGAGAAGAUGAGGAGAGACCGGAUUAACAGCAGCAUUGAGCAGCUGCACAUCUUACUGGAGAAGGAGUUCCAGAGACAUCAGCUCCCCUCCAAACCUGAGAAAGCCGAUAUCCUGGAGAUGGCGGUCACCUUACUGCAGCGCCACAUGGCGGAGAGAAGUAAGUGUCCUGUCCCGGCCCUUCACACCCCUCAUAUGUUUCUUACUGAGAGCAGAUUGCAGCAGGUGAUGGACGCUGUCACUGACAUGUAUGUCUCUCCUGUUCUAGAUGUCACAGCCUCCAGCCAGGCCCAGAGAGAAGGCUUCUCCACCUGCGUCCAGGACUCCAUCACCUUCCUACCAGUUCAGAAUCAACAGGACAACAAGAAUAUCAGAUACUUUAAUGGACACAAUGUAUCCUAUGAGUUGUCCACUAUGAUGACCUCUAAUGAACCAAGUCUAUUUACUGGCAACAGGAGCAAAUCCAUUUGGAGACCCUGGUGAAAGCUAACCAUGACAUUGUCUGCAUGAUGCACUGGUCUAAGACGAAUAUUUUCUGCACACCUGACAAUUCUUUGUAAAUUAACUUAUGUGUGAUGAUGAUGAGAUGUCCACUCCACUAGAUAGGUGGUGACUUUUAGAAACCAAGGCUUUCUCAUAGAAAGUUGUGUUUUUCCUUAGCUUAGGGAAGUUAUAUUGAAGUUCCUACGUCAGGAACGAAAACGUUAACUGGUUUUGAGUUGCAUAGUUUGCAUGUAUUUUCUCAUGCUUAUUUAUAUGGAGUCACAUAGUGCCCCCUAAAUUAUCCUAUCAAUUUAAUGUCCUACAGUAUUGUGUACUCAGGUCAUGCUGCAUCCAAGAUAGGUUGAAGGUUAUAUCUUCCAGUCCAUUGUGAUGGACUCUAAUAAUGUGUUCCUUUUCUUCUGUGAAGAUGUUUUAGCAGUGAAGAUGCUAUCGUAGGGUUAACACUUAUAAUGUGUAUUACUUAGGAUGACCAUGUCUUGGUCCUACUCUUGCUAUUUUGAGAGUUGUUGUAUAUUAAAAGAAGGUUUUUCUUUAAAGUUUUAAUGAACAUGACUGUAAUUUCUAUGA